UCGCUACAAGGCGUUCUCCAUCGUCGCCCUCCGUUUUUGCUCUCCGGCUGCAGAUGCCUCCUUUCUCCGCUUUCUCCUUGCAUUUGGGCUAAUCAGGAUAGCGGCGAUCAAAGAGAGAUACUAACAUCGGUUUAUGACUGCCUUGUAAUUUAGUUCUUGACUUCCUGAGUGGUGCCAUCACUCCGCGCUCCUUCCACCCCACCAAAAAAAGAGACCAACUUACUUUCAGUUCAAUUAUAGCCAUUCAGACAUUGUCGGAAGAAAGCCAUUGAAACAGAAGAUGUUUCAAAUCUUACUGGAGACCGUGAUGACCCAAGGAUCGAAGGAGGAAGCUGUGGAUUCAGUGGCGGGCCUCGAGAUCCCUGAGGCUCGCAGCCCUGGGGAACAGUGGGAAAAAAACCUAAACAAAAUCCUGAGGGAAGAGAAAGGUAACUCCUACAUCCAGCGCCAACACUUCAGGCAGUUCCGCUACCGGAAGUGUGCCGGUCCCCGAGGGGUUUACAGCCAGCUUCACGAUCUGUGUUGCCAGUGGCUGAAGCCAGGAGAGCAUACGAAAGCUGAGAUCCUGGACCUGGUGAUCUUAGAGCAGUUCUUGACUAUCCUGCCUCCUGACAUGAAGAGCUGGAUCAGAGAAUGUGGAGCGGAGACCUGUUCUCAAGCGGUGGCCCUGGCCGAAGGCUUCCUCUUGAGCCAAGCAGAGGACAAGAAGCCGAAAAUCCAGGGCCUGUUUGUGGAUGCUUCUAACGAUUUCCCCAAAAUUAAGAAGGAGGCUCCCUCAGACGCAGGACAGAGACAGUUCUUCAAGCAGAUCUUAGAGAAUGAAGAUGCCGUAUUGCAGGGCAAUGAGAAAUCUUUGAUGAGGCCUCCGGAUAUGUCUGCUGUUGUUUCUAGAGAGUGGUCUGCUUCAGCCCAGCCAGCUAUGGUUCCGGUGUCUUUUGAGGACGUGGCUGUGUAUUUCACAGACGAAGAGUGUCCUUUGUUGAAUGCAAGCCAGGUGGCUCUGCAACUGGAGGUCAUGGUGGAGAAUUACCAAAACAUGACCUCUUUGGGGAGGGAGGCAUGGUGGAAUGAGGAUGAGGAUGAAUCACAAAGAGUGUCCUUAAAAAGAGCCAGAUCCACCCAGGAGGGACUGCAGAGCGAGGGAACGGAGGAGCGGGUCAAGGUCAUGAGAUGGGACGAAUUCUCUCUUUCGGAAAUUAAUCCUAUGCAAGGUGUAAUGGGGCCCCCCCAAAUAUAUCCGGGGAACGCACCUUUGGCGUCCGCAAGCGGGAACUUUUGCAAAACGCCAAUCCAAGCAAAACCGAGCAUGAGAAACACCGCCUUUGUUUCGAAGAGCAUGGAUUCUCCUGAAACGCCCACUCAAGGGAAAUUACCUCAGAAACCCAGAAUGAAUACGUGUCCCAUCUGUGGGAAAAGCUUCGCUCAUAGGUCUCUCCUGCACGAACACGAAAGAAUCCACGCCAAGGAGAAGCCCUUUAAAUGCAACGAAUGUGGCAUCAGCUUCAGUCAACUGGCAACCCUGACCUCUCACAAACGCAUCCACACGGGGGAGAAACCCUAUCAAUGCAUGGCGUGCGGGAAGAGUUUUAGUCAUAGCAUCACUCUCCAUUCUCAUCGAAGGAGCCACAAAAUUUAAACGUGCCGAAGCGGCAAAGGCCGCCGCGUUCAAAAUCCAAAAGCUUCCGAAACAGCAAAAUUUUGUGCAGGGCAGAAACUGAUGGUUAUCUUCAUCGUGGAAAGUACCUCAAGCUUUAGGUACAGACUCUGACAAAUCUCUAUAAAUAGCCUCUUUUUUUGGGGGGGGGGCAGCUACAUGAAAUGUGGAUAUGGAUUCUUUUUUUUUUUCCCGCCCCAACACGAAUCUCCCGGAGUUCUUUUUAGCUAGUUUUCUGAAUUGAGAGAGAGAUUGGAUUUAUUUAAUGAUUAAUCUUAAAUGCUUUUAUAUCUGUUUUUUUUUUUUUUUUUCAAUACUGUAAGCCAGCCAGAAACAACUCGCGGUGAGUUGGGCAGCAUUUAAACACUAACUGAAAGAAUGAAUAAAUAAAUAAACUAGAAUCCCA